AGAAUUUGUUGAUGAUGAAAAACAAAACGGCAAAGCUGAAACGUGGUCUCAGGUUCGAUUUGUCGUCCUCUGGAGAUGCUUCCAUUAAAGCGCGGCUUGUAGGGAAAAAUGCUUUGAAUUAGCCCGCUCAGUUCCUACAUUGUUUUACAACGCUGGACGUAAACUCCCCACAGGAAAGGUUUCCAUUGCAUUCUGGCAGCCAGGCUGUGCCCCACAGCCCCAACCUCUCUGCCAUCUGUUCCUUGAAACUGACGAAGAUAUAAAAAAAAAAGCGAUCAUUCGGCCAUUCAGCGUUGUGGCUGUGUAUAUCUGGAGGUAACUGACUAGUUAUGUUUGAGAAAAACUUGGAUCAGGAUGCUUUUGCACUGAGAACCCACACCUGAUUUGUGGAGUGUCCUGGAAGACUCACCUGAUGGGACUGGACGUCGUCCAGAGCUGAGAUGAGAACAGCAGGGCAGACGGAGACUGCAAUGUCUAGAUAAACAGCACCAGAAGGACGUAUCGUUUUCCUUCCUUUUCGUUGGACACUAAAUGAACAUGUCAGCCAGGAUAGUGUUUGGGAAAGGGCGGCUUGCUCCCAAACAGCUUUCAUUUGCCCUCUCCCAGACAGAUUCCCUGAAGAAAGGUAGCCGGUCUGCAGGAGGAAAGAGGAGGAUGUUGUCUUUUUCUCUCCGAUGUCACCUGGGCAUCAUCAGGGGCAGAGCUAAAGAUGAAGGGCCAUACUCAAAGGGGAGCAAAGAGGCAACUGACCAAUCCCAUUCGUCCCGCGGACACAGCCUUUCAGAGGAGUACAGGGGAGUGACCACGGUGGAGCUGAUGAAAAGGGAAGGCAGCAGCCUCGGCCUCACCAUCUCCGGAGGCUCCGAUAAGGAUGGCAAGCCCAGAGUGUCAAACCUACGGCCAGGUGGGCUCGCUGCCAGGAGUGAUCAGCUGAACAUGGGCGACUACAUCAAAUCAGUAAACGGCAUCAACCUGUCGAAGCUACGGCACGAUGAGAUCAUCAGCCUGUUGAAGAACAUCGGGGAGCGUGUGGUGCUUGAAGUGGAGUACGAGCUGCCUCCAUUUGUCCAGAACCCCUCGGGAGUCAUAACCAAAACCAUAGAGGUGUGUUUACACAAGGAGGGAAACAGUUUUGGCUUUGUCAUGAGAGGGGGUUUCCAUGAAGACUGGAGGAGGUCACGCCCUCUGGUGGUCACCAGCAUUAGACCUGGGGGUCCUGCUGACAGAGAGGGCACGUUGAAGGCUGGAGACCGAGUCCUGAGCAUAGACGGGAUGCCUUUGAACAGAGAGAGGCAUGCUGAUGCUCUGACCGUGCUGAUGCAAAGCGGCCAGGAAGGUCUGUUCCUGAUUGAGUAUGACGUUUCUGUCAUGGAGGCCGUGCAGCAGGCCUCUGGCCCCCUGCUGGUGGAGAUCGUGAAAGGCCCUUCAGCCAGCCUGGGGAUCAGCCUCACUAAAACGUUAUACAGAAGCAAACAGGUUGUUGUUAUUGACAAGAUAAAGCCAGCAAGUGUGGCAGAAAGGUGUGGCGCCCUGCAUGUGGGAGACCUCCUGCUGGCCAUAGAUGGGACCAGCACAGAGCUCUGCUCCCUGAUGGAGGCCACACAGCUCCUGGCCAGCUCCUCGGAAAUCCUCAAACUUGAGCUUCUUCCAGCCAGUCAGAGCAGACUUCCCAUCAGGCCACACGACGCCGUUAAAGUGCAGAAAAGCAACCAUCAGCCCUGGGACCAGAGCAGCAACUACUGCCAUCACCCACAUGCCAGCCACAGCAAGACAUGGAGCAGCCCCAGCCACCCACACAACCAGCAGGACAUGUGCAAAUCUCUGGUGGGUGGGGGCUUCUCCCCAUCCUCUACAGCCACCUCAGGCUUCAGUAGCCAAGGCAGCAACACUCUGCCUUGCCCCAUCCCUCCCAUCACUCCCAGCAGUCCUCGUAGCUCCACUGGUAGGAGGAGGAUUAGGAAGAAGGACCACAAGAGCUCACUAUCCCUGUCGUCCAGCUCUGUCGGACCAGGGGGACAGGUUUUUCAUGUGGAAACAAGCGAAGUCGUUCUGAGGGGCGAUCCGCUCACCGGUUUUGGGAUCCAGCUGCAGGGGGGUGUCUUUGCCACAGAAACACUAUCUGCUCCUCCGGUCAUCCGCUUUAUUGAGCCAGACAGCCCAGCUGAGAGUUGUGGGCUGCUGCAAGUUGGAGACCGAGUGUUGUCCAUCAAUGGCAUCCCGACUGAAGAGGGCACGUUGGAAGAAGCUCAUCAGUUGCUCAGAGACUCUGCUCUGGCAAACAAAGUCACAGUGGAGGUUGAGUUUGACGUGGCAGAGUCUGUGGUUCCAAGCAGCGGCACCUUCCAUGUGAAACUACCAAAGCGGAGAGGAGUGGAGCUGGGCAUCACCAUCAGUGCAAGUAAAAAACCAGAGAAGCCUCUAAUAAUCUCGGACAUCAAAAAAGGAAGCAUAGCUCACAGAACAGGCACCCUGGAGCCUGGAGACCGGCUGCUGGCCAUCGACUCUGUGCGUCUGGAGAACUGCACCAUGGAGGAUGCCAUGCAUGUCCUGCAGCAGGCAGAGGACAUGGUCAAACUGAGGAUCCAGAAAGAUGAGGACAACAUUGAGGAGUUGGAGAUGUCUGGCUCCAUCAUCUACACGGUGGAGCUGAAGAGGUAUAACGGACCUCUGGGCAUCACCAUCUCUGGCACAGAGGAACCUUUUGACCCCAUCGUCAUAUCUGGCCUCACCAAGAAAGGUCUGGCUGAGAGGACUGGGGCCAUCCACGUUGGGGACAGGGUUCUGGCUAUCAACGGAGUCAGUCUUAAAGGAAAACCUCUGAGCGAGGCCAUCCAUCUGCUGCAGAUGGCCGGAGAGUCCGUCACUCUGAAGAUCAAGAAACAAGCUGAACAGUCUGAGUGCCGGCGACCCGUUGACAGAGAAGCCGGGUUCUUGAGUGACCCCGAAGACGAACCCCCAGACUCCCAAAAAACUAGUAAACACUCAGAGAUUUACUCCGCCACAGUGCCCAGUGUCGACUCUGCCAUGAGCUCCUGGGACAGCUCAGGGUUUGAUGCAGGCUACAUUAGCCAAGGGACAUAUCUGCUCAAAAGCGCCGACUUACUGCUACAUCCACCAGAAUGGAGGCGCCCAAAUCACAGGGGCCAUACCACACCCAGUCCUGCAGGUCUGGCCCACCAAGCAGCGCUGUAUGAUGGGAGAUUUACAGAGGACGAGUGGGACAAGAUACCUGGAUUCGUCAGCCCCCCUCGUUUCCAUGGCAGCAUGAACAAGGAAGACAGUUUCUGGUCUCAAACUCUGCAGGACCUGGAGACCUGCGGCCAGUCAGAGAUUCUCAGGGAGCUGGAGGCAUCUAUGACCAGGAGUGCUCUGAGUUUGUACCUAGAAGAGAACAAGACAAACGAAAACUCAAUGUUCCACUCUGACAUCAGUCCCUUACAAAAGGGAGGGAUCCACAGUGAGGCUAAACACAAAAACCUGUCGUCUGGAGUCAGAGAUGGACCAUCUAGAGCCAAGGGGGGCUCCUCAGAAAUCCUGUCCCCCACAGGCUUAGCCCUACACAAGGUGUCCAUAAGGAAGGACCGUGAGAGCCGUGACUUUGGUUUCAGUGUGUCAGAUGGGCUGCUAGAGAAAGGAGUUUAUGUGAACAUGAUCAGACCAGACGGCCCUGCAGACCUGGCCGGGUUAAAACCUUUUGAUCGCAUUCUUCAGGUGAACCGAGUGAGGACCAGGGACUUGGACUGCUGUCUAACUGUGCCUCUCAUUGUGGAGGCUGGAGACUGCCUGGAUCUGGUCAUUAGCAGGAAUCCGCUGGCAGCCAGCGACGUGGAGCUGCCCGGCAACUGUGACGAGUCCUCAAACUCAGUGCUCUGCUUUGCCAACUACAGGCCCAACAGCAUCGCCCUGUGAACGAAGAGGAGGAGAAACACAGCAGCUCUGGGGGGACCCCCUCCCCCGCCACACACACCCUGUUUUGUUUGCUCUUUAGUAAUCCUGACAACAACAAAAAAACAUCUCCCACUCCAAAAAUUACACAUUUGUCCAUGAAUGCCAUUUCUAGUCACUGUUGUGUGCAGAUGAUGCCACACACACACACACACACACACACACACACACACACACACACACACACACACACACACACACACACACACACACACACACACACACACACACACACACACACACACUGGAGGCAAAGCCACAUUACAAGGUUAUGUAACAGAGGAGUCACAGCUUCUGAUGGGAGUGGAACACACACACACACACACACACACACACACACACACACCCUGGAGAGAAUCACAUGCUGCUCACUCACCGUUUUGGUGAACUUCAUGUUCUCAUUGUACAAUUUUUGUUUUGUGCACAUCACACAGGAUGUUCAAGGCACUCUGCACUUAUUUGAGUUAUUCCAGCCCCGAGUUGGCUCACAGCCUUCAUUUCCAGCCUUUCACCCAGGACCACUGGCCUGAAGAGGACAGGGGCUCUUUGAUAGACGCCAGCAAUCCGCAGCUACCUUCUAAAGCCCCUUAAACACAACGUCAUCCUUUCUGUUUUAUAAACACAAUCCUCGAUUUAACCUUUCGCUCUUCAUGAGUUCACAAAUCUUUGAUUUUGGUUUUAUGUUAAAGACUAAAUCACACCCACAGAUUUGGUUGUCAGGUUCACAUUAUGCACGUUUUCACUCAGCUCCUGUUUUCAUUUAUGCACCUAAAGGUCAAGCCCCCGCUUCACUGAAAUCUCAGUUUGAGGUGCCCUGUGCUUACAUGUUGGAAUAUGUUAAUGAUGGCACUAAAUUGCAAUCACUGAGAUUUUUUUAAACUUAUUUUUAAUAAAUUUCUUAGGAAAUGAGACCUUCAGAUCUGGUUUCAUUUGAUGCGUUUGGUGUGAACAUGGUACCUGUUGGUUGCAUCGUCCCAUUGUAGCAGCCUCCAAGCUUCACCCAGUGUUGGGACAUGACCUUCAGAUUUCUCUAUUAAAUGUUCUGUCUGCUGAGUCCCAUUUGUACAAUUUUUUAUUGAUUUACUGUAAUAGUUAAAUUUUAUUGUCAGACAUGAUUAUAAAAGCACAAUCGUUUGGUAACUUCAUGUGAACCGUGAUGCUGAAUGUGGUCGUUCUUUUUUCCACAUUCAGUCUAAAUGUGUGUAACUGGGUCAAAUAUGUAUGUUUAUUUUUUAAAUGUGUCAUUUUUUUAUAAUAAAAGUCAAAGACCAUAUUAGCUGUUUAAUGAAA